AGGUAUUUAAAAUCGUCACGAGAGUGCAUGAGAGUGUUGUGGUUGUGUGUGGUUGUGGUUUUUGGAUGUUGUGUGUGUGUGGAGUUUGUUUUGAGUGCCUCGAAGAUCAUCAACAACGUAGCAGCUAGGAGGCUAGUAAAAAGUUGUUUUUGUUGUUUCGAAGCACAAUUGACAGCUGACCACAGAUCCCCAGCGUCUAUAGAAAGUGAUAAUCUGACAAGUUUGUUGCCUCACGGAGUAGUUUUUGAUACUGUAACCAGGAAAAACAUCAACAUGAUCUACGUACGAUGAUGUGUCUAUUACUACUACAUACAGUCCUAACUAACAUGACAAGCAAGGAUGGAUUUCUUCGGCUUUGACCUGUGAAUAUGACUACUACUACCAUACCUAUUAGAAGAAAUUGUGAAGACAACAGGAUGAAUAAUUUUUGUGAAGUAAAGUGUGAUAAUAUGCCUUUGAAUGAUAAUUUUCGGACAGCGAGUCGGCCAACAGCACUUGCUGUUGAGCCAUGCUACAAUGACAACCAUAAGAACAACAACAUUCCCUUAACAAUAGAAUCUAUGGCAAUCUCGUCCUCAUCAGAUGCUAACCCAUCAAUCCCGAUUCCAGAAAACACGAACAAAAAGCGCCGCAGAAGAAAGAAACAAAGAUCAUCGAUAAAUGGAUACAACAACAAAUUUGAAGAUGUGUACAUGAUGACUGAUGAUUUGUUAGGUCAAGGGGCAUAUGCCAGUGUCAAGACUUGUAUACAUGUCCAGACUGGAAAACACUAUGCUGUUAAGGUUAUUGAAAAGCGAUCUGGAAACAGUCGAAGUAAAGUGUUCCGUGAGGUUGAGACGUUGUACCAUUGUCAAGGCCACAAGAAUAUCUUGCAACUGUUUGAAUUCUUUGAGGAAGAUGACCGCUUUUUCUUGGUAUUUCCCAAGAUGGAAGGCGGUGCUCUUCUGGACCACAUCGAACGGCGCAAGACAUUCACAGAGUAUGAAGCUAGUAUCGUUGUGCGGGACAUUGCGUGUGCCCUGCAGUUCCUCCACCAUAAAGGUAUUGCCCACCGAGAUUUAAAGCCAGAGAACAUUUUAUGUGAAAGUCGACACUCAAUUUCACCCAUUAAGAUUUGUGACCUCGGGCUUAGCAGUCGCAUGCAACUAGAUAUGAAGUGCAAUUCCCCAGUAACCACCCCAGAGCUUCUCACCCCUGUUGGAUCUGCCGAAUACAUGGCUCCCGAGAUUGUCAAUGCCUUCAUUGACGAUGAGCUUACUACCUCGUACGACAAGCGGUGCGAUUUGUGGAGCCUUGGUGUCAUCCUCUAUAUUAUGUUGAGCGGGCAACCGCCAUUCACGGGUACUUGCGGAGAGGAGUGUGGAUGGGAGCGUGGGGAACCUUGCUCGGAUUGCCAGCACAUGCUGCUCCAGAGUAUCCAGGAUGGAGUUUAUGAAUUUCCACCAGGUGAAUGGGGCGGCAUCUCGGAUGAAGCCAAAGACUUGAUAACUCAUUUGUUGGUGCGUGAUGCUCGUCAGCGUUACACAGCCAGUAUGGUGCUAGAACAUCCAUGGGUUAAAAUGGCUCCCACCACACCUCUGCUGACACCCUCUAUAAUGAAACGUAACAACAGUGCAAAAGAUUUAUCGCAGUUUGCAGCAGAUGCUGUCGCAGUAAACAGGAUGGUCUCGCAAUACGAAAACUACACUACUCUUCCGGCUAUUGUUGAUGAAAGAGAACGAUCUGGUCCAGAUGAAGCUGGUACAAGCCCCGAGACAGAGCAGUCUGAGGCCAGCAGUGCAGGCUUCUGUAUGAGGUUGUCUCCCCCAGGGAGCUCGAGCCUGGCAAGACGCCGAGCUGCUGUUCGUAGUACAAGUAGUGAAUUGGGUGGAAUAUCUUUUGAGAUCUAGAAAAAGUCAUUGAAAGUUUUUAAAAGAUACUUAAAAUGUACAAAAUACCUGACCAUUUGAAUUAGAUACUCUAACUCUAUCUUGUACAAAGUAAUUUAAUAUUCACUGAAAAAAAAAUAAUCUAUUUUGAUGUUACUGAUAUUUUAAUGAUACUUUUGGAAAGAGUGCCUUUAAGAAUUUAAUUUUGAAUUAACAUUCCCUAGCACACUAUCUUUAUUAUUUGCCAGCAAUGAUCUUGUGUGUUGCGCUUGAUUUGUGCGUUACUGUUUUCCUUUGUCAAUUUGAGUGUUGGCAAGUUGCUUGGUCGUCUUAAGGCUUACAUAGCUUUGUAUUUUAAAGAUAUCGAAAAUAAGAUUCUUUUAUCCACUUUAAUCUGUUUCUUUAGUAAAGGUCUAUUGGAUGAAGUUUCUUGUCCACCUUGACCUAUGUGUUCUAUUUGGUCAUAUUUGCAAUCAGUUCUUUUAUCAAUUUACUCUUUGUUGCCUAUUUCUUCUGUAUUGAUAUUGUACAUUGAUACUGAUUUGUACAUAAAAGCUAAAAAACUUUUGUACAGAGUUUUCCAAAAGGAAAUGGUACCACAUUGUGUCCAGGCAGGCUACGUUUGUAGGAUUGCGAAGUAUGUUAGCAGAGACAUUGAUUUGUCCGUAAAUGAGAAAUUUAUCAAGACAUACAUUUUUAUUUUCAUAUUAAAUAUUGAAGUGUUGUGAGUGGUUUGUAAAUAAAUGGUUCUAAUGGAAUAUUUUGAUCAGUUCUUGCCAUUACAAUAUUUCUGGUGUUUUAUUAUAACAAGUCUUCCUUGUUUGAACAGGGAGCUCAAAAUUCCAUUUUGUGUUGUAUUUUAGGUAAAUGUUAUUUGUUGCAGGAGCAAGGAGUUUAAUCUUCGUUGUGAAUGUUGAUGACAUAACUUCUAUCUUUAUUUGACAGUUGGUUUGUUUAGCUCAAUUAUGUAAUGGUAAGAAAGUGUUUGACAGAGAAAUGGGAUGACAGUGGAACAUUAAACAAUCUUGCAUAUCAAUUUUUAAUUAUAGAUCCGUAUGUAUAAAAGUUUAUGGAAGGAAUUUCAAAAGGUAUCUAGGUCUUCUAUUUGUUUUUAAGAAUUUUGGCAUUAAAUUAUAAAAAAAAGUAUUUAGUUUCAUAAGCACAAGUUUGCACUUGAAAUUUCAGACAGUAUUAUGUAGUGUUCAAAGUAAAGGUGUUGUGGUGGCCUUAAGCAGAAUAAGACAGAUAAUGGUUGCAUUCAUUGUUGUUUUGUGAAAUUAAUGUUAAUACAGUAUGGUGAAUCAACUUGAUAUCUUACUAUAUUGGCUAAUUUUCAUAAAUUUCUGCCUUUGCUGGUAGAAAUUGUUUGUAAUCUCUGUCCAGUAAUACAAGGGUGUAAGCCAAUAAAUGUGUAUGUACAUUGGUUGUGCUUCUCAUCCAAUUUAAAGACUAGAAAACAUAAGCCAUGGCAUAACCUCAGGAAUUUAAGCUUUACUUAAAAUUAAGAAUAAAUUAUGGUGCAAAGGAGAUAGUGGUUCUCGGACAAAAGGAGUUUCAAUUUAGUCUAGAUUUCCUAUUUUUAUUUUAUUGAUGUAGCUAUUUGCGACCGUGCAAUGUUUUUGAACUAGUUAUACUAGAUAAAGCCCACAUUUAAUUUCAGUUAAUGUAUGCAUAGAGAAUUGUUUUUUGGAAUGUCUUAAAAUUUGUUCGACUCAAUAAAUAUUAAAAGAAAUUGUA